AUGAAUGAAUUGAAACAAGGCAUCGGAAUACUGGAAACAUCGUUGACUGGCGAGCCGCCAUUUUGGGACAAUUUUGAUCAAAUUUUCUCGCUCGACGCGGCGCCGGUUUUUGCGCUUGGAAAACGGAUUGAUACGAGCAGAGAAGGCGGAGUUCAGGAGUUGAAAAAGUAUAUACAGUCGAGGUUGUGGUUCACGUAUAGGAGGAAUUUUUCGCCGAUUGGUAGGAAAUUUUUGGGAGGGAUUUUGAGCAGAUUUGUCUGUAUUUAAAGAAGAAAAUCUGUUUCAAUUGGAAAUUCAGUUUUUUUCUGAUUUCUCCGGAAAUUCACAAAAAGCCAAAAAUUCUUAUCAAAAUAUAACAUAUAUUCCAGGCGGCACAGGUCCAUCAUCAGAUCAAGGUUGGGGUUGUAUGUUGCGAUGUGCUCAAAUGCUACUCGGUGAAACUUUGCUCCGUCGCCAUAUUCAUCGACAUUUCGAGUGGAACAUCGAAGAAAUCUCGCCAAUUUACGAACGAAUUUUGCAAAUGUUUUUCGACGAAAAAACGGCGAUUUAUUCGAUUCAUCAAAUCGCUCAAAUGGGUGUGGCUGAGGGGAAAAUGGUUUCGGAGUGGUUUGGACCAAAUACUGCUGCUCAGGUUAAUUUUUGAUGGGAAAAUUCAGGUCGUUCGGGAAAAAUUAGACCUAGGAGUUGAAAGUUUGAAAAAUAAAACAAAUUUAAUUUCAGGUCAUUAAAAAGUUGACAAUUUUCGACGACUGGAGCAAUAUAGCAGUUCACGUGGCAUUAGAUAACACUUUAGUAAUUGAGGAUGCGAUUCGAAUGGCUACAAGUUAUCCAAGUGAAAAUGCUGUCAAAUUGAUUUUUGGUGAGAUUUUGGGGGAAAAUGUGGGAUUUUUUUGA